AUGGGUCUCCAAUUCUCCAUUAUUCGAAGCUCCACAAUGGCGGAUCACCGCCAUUUUCCGGAAGAAAUACUGAUCGAGAUUCUCACAAGGCUCCCGGUUCUUCCUCAUCACCAGCUUCAGUGCUUCACUUUCGCCUCCGCGCACCUCCGCCAUUCUCUGGAAGGUAAUUCUGCCAACACCCUCCUCCUCCUCCUCAGGCGUUAUGAAAGUGAAUCAAAAAAGGAAAAAUACGAAAUCCUCAAUAGCCAUUCACUUUCCUGACCUCCUCUUCCGAACUCAGCCCCCAGGUUGCAUGUCGAGUCGGGUACUCACGUGUAGUUGGCUGUUUCAACGGCGUCGUUUGCUCAUAUGACGAUUUGUAUAGCGAUUCACACGAUGUGACCCUGUGGAACCCUAGUAUUCGGAAGCAUUUGAUCUUACCGCCUCCUACCAUCAAAUUAGGGCGCCCGUUUAAGUCUGUAUUGGGAUUUGGUGUGGACCCCAAGUGUGCUUAUGAUCUGAAAGUCGUGAGAGUUUCGUAUGAAAGAAAUGGUGACUUUUUGGAUCUGUGUGACCUCCCGCCGGAGGCUGAGGUUUAUUCUCUAAGCACAGGGGAGUGGAGAAGGAGCGAUUUCAUUUAGUCUCAACUCUCAAACAUUCGUCUGUGGGGGCAUUCAUUGGAUUGGGUGCAAAUCAUUGGAUAAUGAGAGCUUUGAGUGCUCUGUAGCAGUUUUCUCCAUGGCUGAUGAGUUGUUUGGUAAGAUUAUGCUUCCAGAUGAAUUGUCCCAGGAACGUGCAGCAAAUUUAUAUAUUAUGGCAUUGGAUGAGUCUGUUGCUGUUGUUAAGUUUGAUAGAGAGAUCCAUGGAGGUUCUUGUAUACUGUGGGUAAUGAAAGAGUAUGGGGUUGUGGAAUCUUGGAGUAGGCUACAUUCUAUUGAAUUGGUCGAAGGGAUGGAAAGAAUCGUUGGCUUUAGGAAAAAUGGUGACAUUUUAUUCUCCACGAACAAGAGUGAGCUCGUUUCAUACUGUCCAAACACUCGAGUAGUAAAUAAACUUGGAAUUUUUGGAACUAGCCGCUCACUUUAUGUUGGUAAUUACUUAGAAACUCUUCUUCUGCUUCAAGACCAUAGCUGCAUUGUGGAAGGCCUAGCUAAAGAAAUAAAAAGUAUGUCAAUUUGAAGAGAAGAUAGAGUGUGGUGAUUCCUUUUGAGGGUUAGUAUGUAUAUGUGUGUCAAGCUGAAGAUAGUCUAAUAGGAUCUGGAUCUGCUUCAUCAAGAGUUUAACUUCGUUUUGAAAUAGAAAAUGCUGCUACAUUUGUAUGGAAGUUCAGAUUGGAUCUGCCAAAGACAACAAAAUGUGAUCUUUCUUAUUGUCUUUGAAAUUAAGAGCUCGUUUGGUAACUUUUAUUUUUGGUUGAAAAGACUUAUCAACCAUUUUUUACCACAUUUAUACAUGGUAAUUUUGAUUUCGCACGCUAAAUUGUACAAUAUUCAAAAUAAGUAAGGUUACAUUUACUUUUUUUGCUGAAUUGACACAGAGGAUUAUAUUAGCUAUUUUUCAUAUAAUCUUUUCUAUAUUUUACUCCGUAUUCAUAUACUAUAUUUUAAUUUUUUUCACAAUUCAACAUAUUUAGCCAAUUCGGCUACUUCAAUCAGAGUUUCAUCGAUUUCAUCACUUUUCAGCCGAUUCAACCAAUUCUAGUGUUACCAAACGGGAUCUAAGACUAUUUUAGUGCAACAUUUGUUAAUAUUAGUUGUUGAAUUGCUUUCUUGUAACACUUUAUCAUUAUAUUUCAGAGUAUAUCAUUUCGAAUGGGAGUGCAGGAUUCAACAAUUUUCUACCCUAAUUAUGACCAAAAUAUUUGUUUAUAUUCUCAUAUGAUGAUGAGUAUGUGCAUGACUGCAUGUCUCCAUGUAUAUACAUACAUGCUUGUGUGCCUACUUAUAUAUUAUGACCAAAAUAUUUUAGAUAUGUAGUUAAUAUUUAUUGCAAUUAGUUUUUUUCCAAUUUAUUAUUUAGUCUUUGGUAACUCAUGUUAUUAAUGAUGGCUUACCUUAACCCUCUAGUCAAAAUCAUUAAGUCGGUUUCUUGAUUUCAUCAAGUCUUACAUGUAAGUUAUAAGUCAUGUUAUAAUUGCAUAUUAUUUAUUAGGAGUUAUAAUUACAUAUUAUCUACAAUUGUUGGUUAAAAAUAAUAAUGAUAGUCAAAACAAUUAAAUUGGUUCCAUAUAACAUCAAGUCUUAGUUAUAACUCAUGUCAUAAUUGCAUACUUUCUCAGAUUACAAAUUUGUUGAACCUUAACUUAUAAAUAUGGCACAUUGCCAUUGCUGAACCUAGUUAUAAGAUUAAUGAUUCAUCUUCUAAGCCAUGGAAGAAGAUGACAAGGUACUCGAUCUCGGUCUAGGACUCGGGUUAGGUCAUUUCAAUCUCAAGGAGGAAAAAUUACCCACUCAAACAAGUAUUGGCAUUUCUUUGGAUCUUUCCCUUCCCAUUCAGCCCAAUGACCAAACUGGGGAGAUUAUUGAGACUUCUAAACCCUGUGAGAUGGAUGAGGAAGAAUGUGAGAAUUCUUGUGGGAGGAAGAAGUUGAGGUUAAAUAAGGAACAAUCUGCAAUACUUGAAGAAUGUUUCAAGCAUCAUACCACCCUUACUAUGGGUCGGAAACAUGAACUUGCAGCGAAGUUGAAUCUUAGGCCCAGACAAGUAGAAGUUUGGUUUCAAAAUCGAAGGGCAAGGACUAAACUGAAGCAAACCGAGGUAGAUUGCAAGCUGUUGAAGAAGUAUUGCGAGAAUCUGAAUGAUGAAAAUAUUCGGCUGAGAAGAGAAUUAAAUGAGCUGCGAACGUCAUGCAAAUUUGAGCAGCUGCUAUCGCCAUUUGCAGACAAGCUUCCCAAGGCCAAGAAGACUAUAGUAACUUGUCCAUCUUGUGAGAAAAUGACACGAGGAAUCAAAUGUGACAGCAGUGACAAACAUAACAAAUCUGAACUGAAGGAUACUCUUUUGGAACUCAAAAACAGUCCGUGAUCCUGAGAAAACAAUCAACUUUUGGUCCUACGACUGUUAUUUAUUUUUUACUUUUGGUCCAAACAUUCAUUCUUCCGCUUUUACUCUCAUGAUGACUACUUAUUUUUUGU